AUGGCCCACAACGGGGAUGUAGACUAUGUGGAAGCCCUCGAUAUAGACCAGGAGAUGCGCGCGCGUCACCAGUCCUCCAAGUCGCAGCCGAAAGCGCCCAUAUAUACACCGCAGCAGGCGGGCGCGUCAGGGGCGAGGUCCCAGGCAAGCGACGGUGAAGGCGAAGAUGCGCCGCUGCUGAGACCCACGGAACGCGCUCAUGGGAUCGCAGACGGCAGUGACAGUGAGGGCAGUGAGUAUGAAUGGCCGGGAGAAGCGGACUUUAAAGGACUUUCCUGGUGGAAUCGGCCUUCGAUAUACUGGCUCCUCCCACCAUUCUUCCUGUUCACCAUGGCGUUCGGUGGCAUCAUUAUCCCCAAGAUCAACCUGAUCAUGGAUCUCGUAUGCACUGAAUACUAUGCCACGGGCGGAAGCGAUCCCAUCUCGAGUCCCAUGGAUCCAGGGCAGCAACACGAUCGCUGCCAAAACGAUACUGUCUCCUCGCGCUCCUCCCUUUUCCUCUUAUACGGCAGUCUCUGCUCUGGCAUUCUCUCCGCCAUCACUAGCCCGAAACUUGGUGCGCUAUCCGAUCGCCAUGGACGUAAGAAGUUCUUGAUCUUCAAUACAAUCGGUACGCUCUUCGCUGAGGUACUCACUAUAUUGGCGGCCAAGUAUCCCGAUAUCUUUCAUGUAAACUGGAUCCUAGUCGGUUACUGCAUAGAGGGCGUCACUGGGUCGUUUAUUGUCGGCAUGGCUAUCGCGCAUUCCUACGCCUCGGACUGCACGUCACCUCAAAAGCGCACCGUAGCUUUUUCCUAUUUCCACGCUUGCCUUUUUGGUGGCAUUGCCAUCGGUCCUGCUCUCUCUGGAUAUGUCAUCUCAGCUCGCGAAAAGUACGUCGGCCAUACCGAGGCUGUGCUUUUGGUCUUCUACAUUGCGCUGGCUGCGCAUUUGGUGUUUAUAGCUUCUCUGAUGUUUCUUAUUCCCGAGUCCCUGACCCAAGCUCGACAGGAAGAAGCGCGUGAGCGACACAAAGAAGACAUGGAGAAGCUGGGCCCAGCAUCGGACUGGAUCAACCAACUGCGGCAUCUCAACCUAUUCAAGCCGCUCGAAAUUCUCUGGCCUACUGGUCCUGGUUCGUCAUCUGCCGUGCGCUGGAACUUGGCUCUUCUCGCAGCUACAGACGCCAUCAUGUUUGGCGUUGCCAUGGGUGCCACGGGUGUACUACUCGUCUACACGCGUCGCCAAUUCGGCUGGCACGAACUUGAAACCGGACGCUUCGCCACCAUUGUCAACACCUCGCGUGUUGUCGCUCUCUUAGUCGUUCUGCCUGUCUUGACGCGCAUCUUCCGUGGCAAAGACGGACACAAGCGCACGCGCAGCUCUGGCUCGGAUCUCUUCGAUCUCAGCAUCAUUCGCGCUGCCAUCUUCUUUGACAUGAUGGGCUAUUUGGGUUUUAUUCUCGCGCGCAAAGGUGAAAUUUUCGCACUGUCUGGCGCGCUUGCAGCCAUGGGUGGUAUCGGCAACCCAACGCUCGGUGCCGCGCUCACCAAGCACGUUCCCCCGGACAAAGUUGGGCAGCUUCUCGGCGCAACUGGACUUUUGCAUGCUGUUGCGCGAGUCAUCGGGCCAACUAUCUUUAACGGAAUCUACAGUGCUACCGUUGGAAGCUUCAGGCAGACGGUAUUCGUGACGUUGUGUGCGACUUUUGGGUUGGCGUUUGUGUGUAGUUGGUUCGUGAGGCCGCAUGGUACAUUCAACAUCCCCUUCUCGUGUUGA